AUGACAGGCACGACAAACCCGACCAAGUCGGUGAUGGAGCACUACUCCAACCGCAUCGUCCUCACAACCUACCCCAACCAAAGCGUCGCCAACCCGAUCCCCUUAAACUGGGGCGCCUCAACACCCACUACGCGCGGCCCCGUCAUCGUCUCCCGCUCCAAAAGCACCAUCAGCAAACGCAACGCGAUCGGCGCCCACGGAGGCAGCUACGCGAUCUACGGCGCGCUCGCCAUCGCCUCAGGAGCCCUGGACCCCGACUUCCGACCGAACUUCCUCAACACGCAGCCAACAUUCAACUUCCCCGCGCAAGCCGCAUGGGGCGACAAGACCAAAAUCGUCUCUAUGGACCCCUUCGGCCACGAAAUUGUCAAACACUACGCCCCCCACAUCGAGGCCGGGUUGGACGUGCGGCCCACCAUCGCCGUGACACGAGCCACGAUGCGCGUCUCCGAAGUCAGCGAAGCGAUCAACCUCAACCGACUCCCGAUCGACGGGAACAUCGUGCUAAACGGCCAAGGCGACGUACGAGUGACAAAAGUAGCCGUGGAACCUGUCUGGUAUCUUCCCGGUGUAGCGGCGCGGUUCGGCGUCGACGAAGUGCUUCUUCGCCGGGCGCUAUUCGAGCACACGGGCGGGAACUAUCCCGAGCUGAUCACCCGUCCGGAUAUGAAAGUAUUCCUACCCCCGAUUGGCGGACUGACGGUGUAUAUCUUUGGGCCGCCGGAGCGGGUAUCGGAUCCGAAUAUUCGUCUGGCGUUGCGGAUUCACGAUGAAUGCAACGGGUCGGAUGUGUUCCAGUCGGAUAUUUGCACGUGCCGACCGUAUCUUGUCUUUGGGAUCGAGGAGGCGAUCAAGGAGGCGCAGAAUGGGGGCUCUGGGGUGGUGAUCUAUUUCCGGAAAGAGGGGCGCGCGUUGGGUGAAGUGGUCAAGUAUCUGGUUUAUAACUCGCGGAAACGGGGUGGUGAUACGGCGGAUCAGUAUUUCCAGCGCACGGAGAAUAUUGCUGGUACGAAGGAUAUGCGCUUCCAAGCCCUCAUGCCGGAUAUUCUGCAUUGGCUGGGCAUCACGAAGGUGGAUCGCAUGCUUUCCAUGUCGAAUAUGAAGCACGAUGCUAUUGUGGAGCAGGGGAUCCCGAUCCUGGAGAGAAUUCCGAUCCCUGAUGAAAUGAUUCCCGAGGAUUCGCGGGUGGAGAUCGAUGCGAAGAUCCAUUCGGGGUACUUCACGACCGGAAAGCAGUUUACCGAAGAAGACUUGAAACAAGUCAAAGGGCGUGGUUGGGAUGCGUGGGAGGAUAUCACUGUGCAACGCCAUACAAGCGAGACCCCGUAG